GCCAGCACGCUAAAACGCUGCCGACGCCCUCGUGAAGCACCACUAAUAACACCAAAAAAAAAUAGUUUUGCAGACGCGCGCACAAAAAUGCGCGCACUACUCCUCGCAGCCUGCCUCCUCACGACGACGAACUCCGACGGCCCGCCGCGGAAGCGCCUGCGCGGCGCGGUGCGCGAGAUCGGCGACGUCCAGGACGAGCUCGUGCGGUCCGAGCACCGCGCGCGGCGCGUGGAACGGGACUUGGAUGUGGUCCUGAGCGCCUUCUCGAACGGUACGCGGGCCUUUUCCAGAAGGCGACGGAGGAGCGGCGGCGACGACGGCUUCGAGCGCGCGCUCGGGAAACGGCUCCAGGAGAUGCGCGACGACCUGACGGCGCUCGUGCGGACCAUCAACGCGACGCGCAACGAGCUCGCCGAGGCGCGCCAGGCCGUGGGCACGACGGAGAAGGCGCUCGAAAGCGCGCGCGGCGCGGAAAGGCGCGCGAGGCUCGCGGACCGACUCCGGGACGGGCGCGCGGCCGUCGACUACGAGUCAGGGGAAGUGGCUGGCUUGGUCGGGCUCCUGUCGCCGCACGAGCUGCGAAGGCUCGUGUCGCAGGUGGGCAGCACGAACGCGACGGCGUUGGAAGCGCAUUUGCUGCGGGAGUCGUUUAGCCAAGGCGGCGGGUCGCGCAAGUUCGUCAAGGCCCGGAGCCGCGUCGACCCGGCCAAAUUGCACCUGGACGCGCGCUUCCUGCAAGAUGUGGUUGCUUUAUCAUUAGCGACGGCGGUCGGCGGCCUCGUCGCGGCGCUGGUGCACGCGCCGCACACGCUGGGCUACAUGGUCGGCGGUGUUGUGGUCGGGCCGAGCGGGUUGGAUCUAGUGCGGAACCUCGAGCAGACGGAGACCGUGGCGCAGUUUGGCUCGAUAUUUCUACUCUUCAGUCAUGGGCUCAUGUACUCGCACUACCUGGAUCGGAAGAAGCGGCGAGUACGGCGCAAAUCCACUCCCUCCUCCCCCAAGACGUCUCCGCUCAAGAAGCGCCAGACGUCGUUCCAGAUGUCGUACCAUUCGUCCGAGUCCGAUGAGGGUGAAGACGACGAGGCUCCCAGGGAUGCGGCCUUCGCCUGGGGUUUAGGUUUAGUGCUGCUGUUGGGCGUGGUCUUCGCGGUGCUCGUGCCGGCGGCGCUCGGUGGCGACCAGUCGUCGGCCGAGCGUUCUUUGGUUGCGGCCGCGUUCGCGCUGUCCUCGUCGUCGACGGUCCUCGCGACCCUCAAAGAGGCGAAGCUCGAGGGCACGCGCUUCGGCCACACCAUCGUCGAGAUGCUCUCCGUCCAAGAUUUAGUUCUGGCACCUUUGCUGGCUUUGCCGACGGCCGUGCACGAGCUGAGGGAGCGCGACCAGCGCAAGCACCCCGAGUCGAGCAUGGUCAUGUGGGUCGCGCAAGUCGCCGGCGGGUAUAUAACAGCAAUCGUCGUGGUGGUCUUGUUCGCGCGGCGGGCUUUACCAAGGGCAUUGGGCGCGCUGCAACGCAUCGGCGAGACGGGCGACGCGCAGGACGCGAAGAAGAGCGCCACGACGGCGUCGUUUGGGCUCUGCGUCGUCGGCUAUGCUUUGGCGAUGGCGUUGUUGGGCGACCGCCUGAAGCUGUCGCACGAGGCCGGGGCUUUAUUCGCGGGUCUGGUGUUGGUCGGCACGCCGCACGUCGACCGGGCGAAACGGGCCGUGGCGCCUUUAGCCGCUUUAUUUGGCGGCAUGUACGUCGCGUCCCUAGGCUUGGUCGUGUCGCCCAGAUACCUGCAGAACCAUGCGUCGGCCGUCGUCGCCCACGUGCUCUUCGUCGUCUGCGUCAAGGUCGCCGUGACCGCUCCUGUGGUCUAUGCCCUGGGCUUCUCCAAACAGGCGGCGGCCGGCGCCGGCGCGGUCUUCGCGCAGGUGUCCGAGGUCGCGUUAUUCGUCGCGGCGCGGGCGCACGAGCUCGAGCUGCUCGCGCGGCACACGUAUCUCGACGUGCUCUCGACGACGAUCGUGCUGCUGGCCGUGGCGCCGCUGUUUAUUCAUGGAUUACGGCGCGUCGACCGGCGCCACUUUUUAGAAGCGGACCGGGAGUCGCGGCGGGGCGGUCUCGUCGCGGACCUCGCGCAGCUGCCGCUGCUGAUUUUCGGGCGCGUCGGGUCGUUGGUGCUGCGGCGGCCGGCGAGGAGUGCGUAACGUCCAACGGUAGUGCUUUAGUGAAUCCCUACAAAACCCGUCACGCCUCAAAGUCCGAGCCCCGCGCCGCGCUGGCACGCUUGAAACUGUCUCUCCGUCGUGGUGUACCACUGUGUUAUCUCCCUUGAAGCGCUUGCAAGCUCGGGCUCCGGUUGUGUGCAUCAAUUGCUGCAUUUGACGACUGCUCUCCCAAAACCAGUGCUCUCCGGUUUGCAGAGACCCACUCGUGCGCCGGAGCGACUCGCGGAAGCUGCGAGAUAUACCGUUUGCAGCAUAUCGGCAGCCAGCACG